CAAUCAGAGUGGCCAGCGUGGACCUAUUCCGUUGCUCCCACCGACGACUUCACACAAUAUGCCCAGCUGCCAGACUACUCUUUGCUUGCCGAGUCCAUGAAGGCAUACCAGGCACAGCAUACCCACCUUGUUCACCACCAGCAGAUGACUCGGACGACGGAAUCAAAGCCACGGCUUUCAAAAGAAGAGGUGGAUCUCCUCGAGUCUGAGUUUCAGAAAAACCACAAGCCAAACAGCAGCACCAAGAAGGCGUUGGCUGAGAGCAUGAGGGUUGACCAUGCACGCAUCAAUAACUGGUUCCAGAACAGAAGAGCUCGCGAGAAGAAGGAAAACAACAUUCGAGAGUAUGAAGCCAGGCAGCGAGCUGAGAAGGAAGGAACCAAUCCAUCAGAAGCUGGCCUCGGAGGUUCAGACCGCAAACGCAGCCUCGGCGCCUCUUCUGCCCCCUUUCCCGAGCCGCGGCAGACUUCACAAACCAAAGAGCAGUCCCCAGACGCCCCUUCACAGCUCUCAACUACAUCCGAAAGCUCCGCUGAUGCCUACGAGGCUACAUCGCCCGCCGUGUCCCCUCUGAAGCACGGGCAUGAUUAUGUCUCGGCGCUAGAUUCAGACAUGUCUUUCGCUAAUGCGUCGGCCCUGGACACCAUGCUUUCCAUUGAAGAUGCUGCCGGCGAUUACACCAAUGAGCUCCAGGAAAUGGACCUUGAGCGGAUAACGGCAUUCUUGGACCAAACUGCUCUUCCAAACAGCCCAGAUAGGCGACUCAAGUCUCCUUGCCCAACCGACAUCGCCUCUCGCCGCAAUCGCCAAACCCCCCAGCUGGCAAUCCAUGGAUCUCGAAGCUUCUCUGGCUCCUUGAGAUUUGGUCCCGAUGCGUCUAGACGCUCUGAACAGGUUGGCUCAAUGCGCCGAGUUGUCUCUACGUCAGGGACCGGAAGAGUCCGCAAGUCAUCUGCCUCUUCUGCCACGCCAAGGAGCCCCUUUUUUCAAAGAAAUCGAUCGCCAAUGGGCGCAGGGUCAGCGGCACCUCCAACGCCUAAUACCCCCGUCGUCGCCGAGUCACACAAUAUCAAUGGCGGCCUAUUCCCUUUAACAACCAAAUACUCUUCGUCGGCUCUUGUUCAGGAUCCCACUUUGCGCACGCCACCGGCGACGCCAGCCUUUUUGGAUAACUUUGUGUUCAAUGGCAACGGCACCUCCUAUGCGAUGGGCAACUUUGGCUUUUCUGACGACCUUGAUUCGUCAAUUCAGGCAACGGGUGCCUCUAGCCAGCCUACAACUCCCAUGUUUCCUUACCAAACGGGACCUGGCUAUUUUUCUGGCUAUGCCAGCGGCUCGGAUUAUAACUGG